AUGGCCGACAUGAAUGCUGAAUCGAUUCAGCAGAAGAUACAGAUCGCGAGGCGCGAUGCGGAGGCAUUGAAGGAUCGAAUAAAACGCAAGAAGGAUGAAUUGGCAGACACCACUCUUCGCGACGUCGCCCGGCAACGUGUAGAGCAGCUACCUAGGCUGAAUAUGAAGACGAAGCGGACACUGAAGGGUCAUCUCGCGAAGAUCUACGCUAUGCACUGGUCCACUGAUCGCCGACAUCUUGUCUCCGCCUCGCAGGAUGGAAAGCUUAUUGUUUGGGAUGCGUACACAACCAACAAGGUCCAUGCCAUACCGCUUCGGUCUUCGUGGGUUAUGACUUGCGCUUAUUCACCAAGCGGCAACUAUGUCGCUUGUGGAGGUUUAGACAAUAUUUGCUCCAUCUACAACCUUUCGGCGCGAGAAGGUCCGACACGAGUUGCGCGAGAACUCUCGGGUCAUUCGGGAUAUCUCAGCUGCUGUCGUUUUAUCAGCGACCGAAGGAUCCUCACGUCAUCGGGCGACAUGACUUGCGUGCUCUGGGAUCUCGAAUCGGGCGCCAAGAUUCAUGAGUUCGCCGACCACCUAGGGGAUGUAAUGAGUCUGAGCAUCAACCCCUUGGACAACAAUCAGUUCGUCUCUGGUGCUUGCGACGCCUUUGCGAAGCUGUGGGACAUAAGACAACAGAAGUGCGUGCAGACGUUCGCUGCGCACGACAGCGACAUAAACGCCAUUCAAUUUUUCCCGAAUGGCAAUGCUUUUGGUACCGGAUCCGAUGACGCAUCGUGCCGGCUGUUCGAUAUCCGCGCGGAUAGGGAGCUCCAGAGCUAUACGAUCGGCGAACCCGUCUGUGGUAUUACCUCGGUUGCAUUCUCUGUUUCAGGACGGUUGCUCUUCGCUGGCUACGAUGACUUUGAGUGCAAGGUCUGGGAUACUCUGAGAGGUGAACGUGUUGGCACGUUGCAGGGUCACGAUAACCGCGUCAGUUGUCUGGGCGUAAGCAAUGAUGCAAUGAGCUUGUGCACUGGGUCAUGGGACUCCAUGCUCCGCAUUUGGGCUUAA